CUAUUGUGGCUGACAGACGCAACAACCGGCUCCGUCAUGUGGACAAACAGCGAAAUGACCGUGACCAUCAUCUGCGUCAGCAUUCCCGCGCUGCGGCCCUUGUACAAACACCUAACGGGGCAGAGUUCGGGGGCUGAUGGCGGCAACAGCGGCGGAUAUCACUAUUCAUACACCAAGCGCAGCGUCAAGCUGACGGGCAGGGAUGGCGGUGACGAAGAGGACCCGACGUACAACUACAGCAUGAAUCCCAUGGGCGCGUCCAAGACGGUCAUCAAGCACACGCCCAAGAACGACGACCACGACAAUGACAACAGCAGCGAUGGCCGCAGCAUCCUGCGCGAGAGCCGCGCCAACAAUACCACCAUCUACCAGACGCAGGAGGUCACUGUCACCUAUGACGAUUACAACAAGUCGACUGAGGGGAUGAUGGCCAUGAGUGCGAAGCAGCAUGUAUAG